AUGGUUCAAUAUUUGCACACGCCAUGGCGGGACCGCGCCGAGCUAUUGAGGGUUCGAGAACAAUUCUAUCCGUCACCACCCACUAGCGAUCCUCAACGCAACCAGAAUGCCGGUGACGAUGGAGAUAGCAAUGGCAGAAGCGACGAGGAAACGGUAGAGGAGGAGGCGGCGAAGCAGCACGCCGUGUCGCGUGUCUCGAUGUGGAUGCAGCGCGGCGGCUGUCCCCACCUGGUCGAGUCGACGGCCCUCCUGAUGGCUGCCAUCCUCAGCGAUCUCCACGAGACCAGGGCCCGGGCCAACUCCUCGUCCUACGCUCUCCGAGCCGCCUACUCCGCCGCCUUUAGCCGCUUCGUAACCGGCCUCUUAGACAGCCAGCAGGACAAGCAGCGCAAGAUGAGCAUGUACACCGUAGCCAAGACCAUCGGCCUUCCAGCGACCUUCGUGGAGCUGCGGCACCAGGCUACUCAUGAGCAGCUACCCUCGCUGUUGAAGUUGCGCACUGCGGCUAGGAAAGCGCUUGUCUGGAUCUGGGACUACUACUGGAAGAGCCUGCCAGGUGAGGGUGACGACACUAAUUACAACGAGGAAAAGCCAGACGCUUGCCGGGAUUGGGUACUACAGUAUUUAGGAGAGGAGUCUACAGCGCAGAGCAAGACGCUGCGCGAACAGUUAAAACGGUGGGACGAGGCGGUUCUGCUGCGGAGCCUGGCUGAGAUAGGGGAUUCGUCUGAGGACCCUAAGAUCAUUUCCCGCUCGAUACGGCUUUCGAGGGAGAUACUGGGCGGGGAUUUCUCGUCUGAGCCGGGCGCGUGGAAGGAUACUGAUCGCGUGUCUAAAUCGAAGGACUUGGAGACCGUCAGGGCGGAGAUGCAGAUGUUGAAUGGUGAGCUCGAUGCUAUGGAUGCUGUCGAGCCCCCGCGUCAAGCGGUCGAAGAACGGGCUGAGGCGCCAUCGACUCAGGUGAAGGGGUGGCUUGCCAGAACCCGCGCAAUGCAUAUCCAAUCAAUUCCCAUGUGGACGGGGGGGCAUGACAAUUAUGCCUACCUACUCAUCGACGAUAAGUCCAAGGAUGCUGUUGUUGUCGACCCCGCCAACCCCGAGGAGGUUACACCCAUUUUAAAGGAGGCCAUCCAGAGUGGCAAGAUCAAUCUCACGGCCAUCGUGAACACACACCACCACUGGGAUCAUGCGGGUGGAAAUGAUAAGAUCCGGAGCGAUUUGGGCACUCCGAACCUUCCCAUUAUCGGGGGCAAGGACUGUCAGAGUGUCACCCAGACCCCCGCCAACGGCGAAGGCUUCAAAGUCGGUAGUAUUGCCGUGAAGGGCCUUUAUACCCCGUGCCACACGCAGGACAGCAUCUGCUGGUUCGCCCAAGACGGUGAUGACAGAGCUGUCUUCACCGGUGACACCCUAUUCCACGGCGGUUGCGGUCGGUUCUUCGAAGGUACCGCGGCAGAGAUGAUGGUUGCCUUGAACAAGACUCUAGCUUCUCUGCCGGACGACACUAAAGUCUAUCCCGGCCAUGAGUACACGAAAUCCAACAUCAAGUUUGGCAUCUCAGUACUGCAAAAUGAGGCGACCAAGAAGUUGCAAGCCUUCGCCGAGAACAACCGAGAGACGCAAGGGAAGUUCACGAUUGGGGAUGAGAAGCUGCAUAACGUAUUUAUGCGAGUAGAGGACCCCGUGAUUCAGAAGGCUACGGGCAAGAUGGACCCCAUUGAUGUGAUGGAUACACUGCGGACGAUGAAGAAUAACUUCAAACCACCAAGUGAAAGCAAAAUCUAG